AUGUCGUCCUUGCUGAACCUCUCCCUCGCAGCCGUCGCAGGCCUCGCCAUCGGAGCAGGUGCGACCGUCGCUCUCUUACCUCCUCCCAAACCGCCCGUACAAGCCAAGAACGACCAGCCCUCAAGGACGAAUGGGAUUGCCCCCCUCGCUCAUGGGAGUAGUCCUGUCCCCGGUCCGCCGGGCAGUGCAGCGAUUCCGGGCGUCGAGCUUUACCAUGGGCUGCUGACUGGCACCGAGUUGGCGAAGAGGAACUUGACGAUUGGUCAAAUCGGUGAGCACUUUACCCCUAGUUUUCGGGGUGAACCUUUCGUGGCCAAUCUCAUCUGACCGUAUGGUUUGCUCUCUGCACAGGCCCCAUCUCGGACUUUCUCGUCCGAAAAGCCUACACGACCGCGUACGACCGGCGACUCCGGAUCCCGAGUUGGACCGCCGAACACUUGACCGCCGCGAGUUUGAAAGGUUCGGGAAAUCGUCAGGACGUGUCUUUUGAAGAAGAUCGGGACAUUCCGGACAAGUUCAGGGCACAUUUGCUGGAUUACUUCAAGAGCGGUUAUGGUCAGUUGAGAGCUCGGUCUGGAAGAAUUUUUGGAGUGGGCCCAAUUUGACUGAAGGGUGAAUUGGGUGGCCCAGAUCGAGGGCACAUGGUUCCCGCGGCGGAUGCGAAGCAGGACCAAGAAGCGAUGAAGGAGACGUUCCUCUUGAGCAACAUCGCUCCUCAAGUUGGCGAAGGUUUCAACCGAAACUGUCAGUCCGCGAGGGGAAUAACGAGCGAAAAGUCCAUUUUGCUGAUCGAAUUCGUGGUGUCGUCAAUGACUGCACAGACUGGGCCUACCUGGAAGCUGUGAGUCGGUGGAGCCUGCAUCCGAGUUUACAGUAGGUUCACCAUACUCUGAACCGAUUCAAAACACCUCGCAGUUCUGCCGAAACCUCACUUCGUCCUUCGAGGACGUUCACGUCUUCACCGUGCCUCUCUUCCUCCCCCGUCGAUCACCCGAUGGUAAAUGGCGAGUGACGUAUGAGAUGAUCGCAGCUGCAAAUAGUGCACCAACAAGUACGUUCUCUCGCCAAGCCGUAAUUUCCAAGCUGGGUAUGCCCGAAUCAUCAACUGAGCCUCGGCUUUUCACACCGUCUUUACCUCCUUCCAGUUGCCGUCCCGACCCACUUUGCGAAAGUACUCCUCACAUCCCGUCCCCCUCGAUCUGGAAUCUCAAUGGCCCUCACGACGUCCCCUGAUCGACUGGCGGAGAAGGAAUGGGCCAUCGGCGCUUUUGUUCUGCCGAACGAAGUGAUCCCUGACGAAGCUAGGCUGGAAACUUUCAUCGUACCUGGUGAGUCAGGUGCUCGACGAUGGGCCAACCGAGGAUUUGAAAUCGCUGACGUUGGAGAGAGAUCCUAUGAUCCUGGAAUGGCUCUGUUCCCCAGUCGAUGCGGUGGAGAGUUCCUCCGGGCUGACUUUGAUCCCGGACGAGUUGAAGCGCUUGGCGAGCCCGUUGUGUUCGGUGAGUCACGAAUGCGAUCUAUAGCGAUCAGGAGCCGUUUUUGGGUUUAAGACCCCCAAGUCCAGUUGAUCACCAACUCUUGUCAACUUGAUGCUUCUUCUAGACCGUCAAGUGCGAAGUGAUCGUACGACGCUUUGACGAUGCGCAAAAGAAGCUGGGCGGGGAUCGACCCAAACCCCGCCGAAGGGAGACGAUGUAG